AAAGCAGUGUGUUUUCAAGCUAAAAUUGACCCCCUGCAGAGUUUAUCCACGUUAAAUCCAGGUUAACCUGGAUUGUUUGAAUAUAAAGUAAAGAGUAACAUCAUUCCUUAGUACAGAUAGGCCUAAAUUAACUUAGUACAAAAUUAACUUAGAUUAAUAAAAUUAACUUAGUACAAAAAGGCCUGAAUUAACUCCAUAUAAAAGGCCCUACAGGCCUUCUUUAAAAAAAAAAAAAAAAGUGCCUCUUGCAAAAGUAGAACAGCAAACAUUGGAAGUUGCAAGGGAAAAUCACAAUCUGCCCCAUUUUGCCUCAGGAAAAUAUAUAUUUUUUAGUUUGGCUGUGUCAAUGACAGCAGCCGUGUUGUCCCUGAGGGCUGCAAACCCAUCUAGGGUAGUCAAAAGAUGUGGAAAAAGACUUUUUUUUUUAUUAUUAGUUCGAUUUAUAUGCCGCCCUUCUCCGGAGACUCAGGGUGGAUUACAAUGCUUUAAGCAAUAGCCUUCAUACUUUUGUAUAUACUUGCUUAGUAGAGAUUUUUGGCCCCUUUAUGGGUUUAUAGAUGUUUGCAGUGUAAAUCUAGUAGCCCUGGGCGAGCCCCCAUGUCAGCCAUUUUGUGAGAGCACCCUCAAAUCAGUUUUCACAAGCCUGAGUGGGAAGUCAAAAGGUUGAGGCCUUCCAACUUGGAUCAGAAUACAUUUGCAGAAGGCUGAGAAUGACUGAUAAGGAAACCUGCCUAUUCGGUUAAUUGGCUAGUUUAUUUAUUUCCUUAGUGGGUUUCUGCCAUUUCUUUUUACUGUAUUCCAGCAAGUUUACAGAUUUACAGAUUAAGAGAGUUGGAAGGGACCUUAUAGGACAUCUACUCCAAUCCCACUCCCAAGCAGGAAACCCUACACCAUUUCUGACAAAUGGUAGUCCAAUCUUUUCUUGAAAAUCUCAAGUGAUGAAGCUCCCACAACUUCCGAAGGCAACUUCUGUUCCAUUGGUUGAUUGUUCUCACUGUCAAAGUUCCUUCUUAUUUCUAAGUUGAAUCUCUCUUGGCCACUUCUGAAGAGGCUGCCACUGUAUUCGUGGUCAACGGAUGCAAGCUCUGGAUGGCGAGUUGACUGGCUGUAGAACAAAACACGACUUGACAGAUUCUCCCUUCAGUCCAAGGGACCUUUCAAAGAAGCUGCUGUUCAUCCAUAUUCUGCAGAUGCACCUAAUCUGGAAAGCAUGGUGGUGUCCGUAGUAAACAUCACCGCCAAGGAAGGCUCCCGGACGGUUCUCACUUGCAAGAGCUACCGGAUGGUCUGGACUCAGGACAAUCUGAACGAUCGCCAGCGGGUGGUUCAUUGGGAUCUCUACAGAAGCCAGCAGGAUGUGGAGAGGCUGUGCGACAUGUACUCUGCCGGGGAUCGGCGGGUCUACCACACCUACAACCAGGGGCGGAUCUCCAUGCCUGAAAACGCAUUUACGGAAGGCAACUUUUCAUUGAUGGUCCAAGAUGUUGCUGAGAGCGACCAGGGAAUUUAUUCCUGUAACCUCCACCACCAUUAUUGCCAUCUGUAUGAAACAGUGAAGCUGCAGCUUGAGGUCACUGAAGAAGCUGAAGAAGUCCAGAGAUACUGGGAUGGAGAGAAAGUGGUGAUUGUUGCCCUGAAAGGGAGCGCGGUGAUACUUCCUUGCAUCAACCGGAACCAGGUUUGGACCGGACGAGAUGAGGAGGAGGAUCAACAAGUCGUCCACUGGGACAGGCAACCCCCAGGGGUGCCUCAUGACCGGGCCGAUCGGCUCAUUGACCUGUAUGCCUCUGGCGAGGGCCGUUUAUACGGGUCUUUCUUCCUCCGGCAAAAGAUGAACAUCACCGAGAAGGCCUUUGCCCUGGGCGACUUCUCACUGCGGAUCUCGUCUUUGGAGGCGGCGGAUGAAGGGAUCUACUCCUGUCACCUGCACCACCACUACUGUGGCCUCCACGAACGGAGGAUCUUCCAGGUCUCGGUGGUGGAGCCAGAACAGGAGAAAAAAGUGGUGGUGAAUCUGACGCGCCCCAAUCCCCCAGCAGCACCAGAUCCUAAUUUGGGCCGGACCCACAAUGUGAUCAAUGUCAUCAUCCCUGAGAGCCGGGCUCAUUUCUUCCACCAGCUGGGUUAUGUCCUGGCCACUCUCUUGCUCUUCAUCCUCCUCUUGAUCCUUGCAGUUCUCGUGACUCGCCAGCACCGCAGGAGAGGUUUUCAAUACAAUGUGAAAAAAUAUGAUGAGAAAGAACUGACUCUCAGAGAGGUUCCAUUUGAGGCAACAAAUUUGUCGAACUACAAAAGUGAAGAUUUUAAAUUGGAUUACAAAAACAAUAUCCUGAAGGACAAAGCUGAACAAAAUAGGAUUCUCCCUGCCAAGAAUAUUGACUUAGAUAAAGAAUUCAGGAAAGAAAAUUAUAAAUGAAAACAACAACUCAAAGCUACUGGCUGGACCAGAAGCUCCCUUAAGAAUUUAAAAGUACAAGAGAACUUUGUUUUCCUUUUUUUUUAAAACGUCAUCCUUCCAGUUACCAAGAAGUUUCUGCAGACCUUUUUUUUCCAACCUUGGGCCUAUGAAAGCAUACAAGACACGUAAGCUGUAAAUCCUAUGCACGCUCAUUUCGUAAGGUUUACUACCAGGUAAACAAGUAUAGGGCUGCCCUGUAAAACUUCCUCUUUAUUAUCUUAUAAUAUAUAUGAUAUUUUUAAAAGGGAGGGUGCAGGUCAGCUUCUUCGUUCUUUUAUCUUGUGAGAUUGCUUAUACUUUCCCUCCCCCUAAGGAUUUCAUCCCUUUAAAUAGUUUUGUUUCAAUUGUAUUGAUGAUUUGAGAUUUUUUUUUAAUUGCUUAAAAAAUAAUAAGCUGAAAAAUUAGAUGCUUGGCUUGCUGUUAAACAUGGAACAGAGAGCAUAUUUUUUUUCCUGGCACCAACAUUUAAAAUAUGGAGUUAUAUGGAAAGCGAGAAAGAAGGGACCUUUCUCCACUACUGAGUUAAUGUGCUAUCCAUGUCUCCUUGAAUCAGGAGAAAACAAUAUUUUCCUGAUUGGCAAGUUUUCUCCAGUUUUUCUUGCUCUGUUCUUAAGUCGUCGCCUUCCAAGAUAAUGAGUAACAAAACCUAACAGAUUUUUAUACUCUGCGAGACUGCCAUUUGAGGAUGCCAAAAAUAAGGAGGAAAGAACGACAUUAAAAGUCUUAUGAUGAAGGACAGCUAAGCCCGUUGCUUGGGGCUGAGAUGAAGGCAGCUCUGAGAGACAAGGAGGAAACUGCCGUUAUCAAGGAAUCAUUAUAUCAUGAUAAAAACAUACGCGAUGAAAGGCCCGAAAAGAAAAGAGGCUGACAAGUCACAACAUGGACCAGUUUCUUAAAUUGUGGGGACAUGUCGACGUUUGCAUCCCGCAGAACUCUUCAUCGGAAGCCUGCCUCAGUAUAUUUUUCAUCAAAAGGUUUGAAUCAGGAGUUCAAACCCAAUGGGUCUUCUUUUGGUAGUAGAGUCUGCUUAAGAGGUAUAUCUGGGCCAAAUCCCUGGAGUCUGAACCAACCAUAAAAUGACUUAGAAUGAACUUGCCAAUCUGGGAUUGUUGAAAUAACAAGAAUGUCCACUGUUGGAUCUAAAGUUUCUGUCUCUGCUAGCUUCUUCCAAGCCUUCCUGACUCUGUUGGUUUGAAUCCCGUUAAAUAUAUGAUCCUGUCCUUCCCAAUAUUUGACUUUGGAAGCAACAGGGAUUUGAAAAGGAACCAGAAUUCUUGUACAGAAGUCUUGGAAACCCACGGCAACUCGGUGCUGGCUCUGUUCCUCCCAGUUUCCUCUUGGCUCAUGCGAUUAUGACAGAUAAUCAUCCAUCUCCUGCUGCAUAAAGGAGACAAAAUGUAGGGUCCCAUGCAGAGGUGGGCUUCAAAAUUUUUAGGAAGGGGUUCUCUGCCUGGUUGCUGGGUGGGCGUGGCCAUGGUGGGCGUGACCUAGUCGGCCUCUUGCACCACGGCGGGGUAGGGGGGCAUUUUUGCCCUCCCCAGGCUCCAGAGCUUUCUUUGAGCCUCCGGGAGGGCAAAAACAGCCUCCCCAGGCUCCGGAGGCCCUCUGGGCCCUUCCCAAACUUCCGGUAGGCCCGUUUUUCGCCCUCCCUGAGCCUCCGCACACGCCCUGCACUUAUCUGCAUCCAAAAUGGGCCGCGUGGGGACUCCGGGGAGGGGAGGGAUUUGGGGGUUCUCCGAACUGCACAGAAUCGUAGCUAGAGGUUCUCCCGAACCCCUAGCAGCCCAUCCCUGGUCCCAUGGUUGGUUGUGAUCCUUGGACAUUGCAAGACAUGAAAUGACAGGCUGUAUAUACUGACGGAGUACAAGAACCUGUAAGAUCUCCCAGGAUGGGGAAGGGAUCUUUCAACAGAAGGAGGAUGCCUUGAUUCUAGAUUUCCAUCACUUAGCUGGAGAACGUAACAACUGACCUUCGGUGUCCCUCCAACUCAAGAUUCCUCCGUCUUCAUAGGUAUACGUAGUGGUGAAAACGUAUUCAUUUCCCUGUAUUUAACCUCUACUGAACUGAAGGAAAGGACACAACUUUUUGAGUUUGAGCUACUCAGAGUAAACAGGGUGCAGAAAACCUGUUAAACAGGCUAUUAGCAAAAAAAAAAGGAGGAGGGGAGGGAACUGUCUUUGAUCAAUAUGUACGCCUGGAAUAUUUUUCCUUAAAAUCACGAUGAUCUUUUGCAGUUAGGCAUGGUGAGAAGAACUCUUUUAAAGAGGUAUUGCUAACAAGGACUACCUGAUCUGGCUAAUAAAACGCUAAACAAACUCA